CCACGCCGACAUGGAGAAGGAUUUCUUCCACUUCUUCUUGCACCCUCCCGAGGGCCACUUUGGACAUGCCCGCUGCGCACCCGACCCUGUCCCGCUGUUCCGGCGACUUCCGACGUCCCUCUAAAUGCCGCCAGCAUGACGGAGUCCAACCGCAGCGGGCUCCACCCGAACGGAUCCGCGUGGUCGGCGCCGAACGCCAGCGCGUGUUGGACCUUGGCGCUGGACUCCCGCUCCGUGUGCCUGGGACUCUCCCUGGCCCUGUUCAUCCUGCUGGCCAUGGCGGGCAACGUGCUGGUCAUCCUGUCCGUGCUGUGCAACAGGCACCUGCGGACCGUCACCAACUUCUUCAUCGUCAACCUGGCCAUGGCGGACCUGCUGCUGAGCAUGGUGGUGCUGCCCUUCUCCGCCUCCCUGGAGGUGCUGGGCUGCUGGGUGUUCGGCCGGGUGUUCUGCAACAUCUGGGCGGCGGUGGACGUGCUGUGCUGCACCGCCUCCAUCCUCAGCCUGUGCGUCAUCUCCGUGGACCGCUACGUCGGCGUCAAGCACUGCCUGAAGUACCCCGCCAUCAUGACGGAGAGGCGCGCCGGGGCGGUGCUGGUGCUGGUGUGGCUCUCCUCCACCGUCAUCUCCGUGGGUCCGCUGCUGGGCUGGAAGGAGCCGCAGCCGGUGGACGCCAGCAUCUGCAGCAUCACGGAGGAGCCCGGCUACGCGCUCUUCUCCUCGCUCUUCUCCUUCUACCUGCCGCUGCUGGUCGUCCUGGUCAUGUACUUCAGGGUCUACGUGGUGGCCCGCCGGACCACCAGGAGCCUGGAAGCGGGCGUCAAGCGGGAGCGGGACAAGUCGGUGGAGGUGGUGCUGAGGAUCCACUGCCGCAGCGUGAUGGAGGACCCCGGCUCCAAGAGCAGCAGGCAGCAUCCCUUCAGGAGCUCGCUGUCGGUGCGCCUCAUGAAGUUCUCCCGGGAGAAGAAAGCUGCCAAAACUCUCGCCAUCGUCGUGGGCAUGUUCAUCUUGUGCUGGCUACCCUUUUUCUUCUUUCUGCCCAUGGGCUCCUUCUUCCCGGCGUUGAAGCCAUCCGAGACGGUCUUCAAGGUGGUCUUCUGGCUGGGCUACUUCAACAGCUGCAUCAACCCCAUCAUCUACCCUUGCUCCAGCAAGGAGUUCCAGCGAGCGUUCGCCCGCCUCCUCAGGUGCCGCUGUCGCCGCAGGCGGCGCACCCUGCGUCGCUUCUACGACCAGAAAUGGCGCUCGGCCGUCAGGGUGAGGGAACGGAGAGGACAAGACGAGGCCUCCUACGUGGCGCACGAGUCCUGCGGCAGCUCCUUGCUGAGCGGGCGGGGGGGCAGUUUGAAGAGAUGGAGCUUGUUUCCGCCCUUGCAGAAAUCCUCCGUUCAGCUGAAAGAGACGGUGAACAAUCUGUCCAAUAGAAUGAAAGGAGGAGGCGCACCUGCUGUGGUGGACGUGGGGAUUUACAACGUGUGCGAGCAGAGCAGCUAUCACAUCUACGACUGUUACGGCCUGAAGGAGACUGACAUCUAAUGUGCCGCAGGAGGACACUUUAUUUAUUGUCUUUUUGGACCAACAUCAUUCCUUUUUUUUCCCCUCAAAUUCUUUUGUAAUCAGACCAGAUUUUGGGUAUAUUAGAUGGAAUGUUUACCAUCUUGAGCAACAUCAUUCCAUUUUAUUUUUAAUUAUCAUAGUUUUUAUUUUUAUUUUUUCAAAUUGUCUUGUAAUAGACCAUAUUUUGGGUAUAUUAGAUGGAAUUGUUACCAUAUUGAGCAACAUCAUUCCAUUUUUUUAUUUUAUUUUUAUUUUUUGUAAUCAGAGCAUAUUUUCGGUAUAUUAGAUGGAAUUUUUAGCAUUUUGAGCAACAUCAUUCCCUUUUUCUUUUCUUUAUUUUCACAUUUUUUGUAAUCAGACCAUAUUUUCGGUAUAUUAGAUGGAAUUUUUCCCAUUUUGAGCAACAUCAUUCCCU